AUGGCUGGUCCAAAAGAUCUCACUCACUUAUUAUCAGAAGAAGCUUUAGCUCGUCGUCCUUCUCCAUUGAAAACUGCUUUCAAAUACUUUGCAGACCCAAACGUUGUCUUCUUGGGUGGUGGUUUACCUUUAGCUGAUUAUUUCCCAUGGAACAAGAUCACUGCUGAAUCCCCAAAUCCUCCUUUUAGAAAUGGUAUUGCCGCUGUUCCACAAUCUGUUGAAGAAGCUACCCAAACCGUUUUAGCCAAACAUUCAUCAGAUAACGGUCAUCAUCAAGAUAUCCCAUUAUCUCGUUCUUUACAAUAUGGUUUCACUGAAGGUCAGGCUGAAUUACUUGAUUUCAUCAAAGAACAUACCAAAUUAGUCCAUAAUGUUCCCUACGAAGGAUGGGACAUCAUCACCAGUAUUGGUAACACUCAAUCUUGGGAUGCCACAUUAAGAACAUUUACUUCAAAAGGUGAUACCAUCUUGGUUGAAGAAUUCAGUUUCAGUUCAGCUUUAGAAACUGCCAAUGCUCUUGGUGUUACUCAAUUCCCAGUUCCAAUGGAUGAUUUUGGUAUCAUUCCAGAAAAAUUAGAAGAUGUUUUAACUAAUUGGGUUGGUCCAAAACCAAAAUUGUUGUACACCAUUGCUACAGGUCAAAAUCCAACUGGUUCAUCAUUAAGUUCUGAAAGAAGAGCUGCUAUUUACAAAUUGGCUCAAGAACAUGAUUUCAUCAUUGUUGAAGAUGAACCAUACUAUUAUUUACAAAUGGAUACUUAUACCACUGAUAAAUCCGCUAGAGAAGGUAAAGCUGUCCACACCCAUAAAGAAUUUUUGAAUGCUUUAGUCACUUCAUUCAUCUCAUUAGAUGUUGAUGGUAGAGUUAUUAGAUUAGACUCUUUCUCAAAAGUUUUAGCUCCAGGUUCUCGUGUUGGUUGGAUUGUCGGUCAAAAACCAAUCUUAGAAAGAUAUAUUAGAUUACAUGAAGUUUCAAUGCAAACACCAAGUGGGUUUGCUCAAAGUAUCAUCAAUGGUACUUUACAAAGAUGGGGUCAAGAUGGUUAUUUAGAUUGGUUAAUCGGUUUACGUCAAGAAUAUACUCAUAAAAGAGAUGUUGCAAUUGAUGCUGUUAGUGCACAUUUCCCAAAAGAAGUUUCACAUUACAUUGCUCCAGUUGCUGGUAUGUUCUUUACUGUUCAAUUUGAUGCUUCUAAACAUCCAAAAUUUGAAGAAUUUGGUAAAGAUCCAUUAAAAGUUGAAAAUGCCUUAUAUGAAGAAGGUUUACAAGAGGGUGCUUUAUUAAUUCCGGGUUCUUGGUUCAAGGCUCAAGGUCAAACUAACCCACCUCAAAAGGAACAAACUGUUCCUGGUAGUGAAAACACAAUCUUUUUCAGAGGUACCUAUGCGGCUGUUCCAUUGGAUAAAUUGGUUGUCGGUAUUGAAAGAUUCGGUAAAGCUGUUACUAAAUCCUUCGGUUUGAACUAA